AUGAGUGUUUUAUGUUUACUCUAAAAUUGUGAUGAUGAUUUUGAAAUAAUCGAUUACAAAGAUAAUUUUAGAACCUGCAAUAUUCAAAUAAAGAAUUUAGCGAAUUAUAAAUUAUGGCAAAAAGAGAUUCAAUAUUAAUAGAAUUAUCCCAUUUAAUAAAGAUUCUAAUUUGAUACUCAACCCAAUAAUAUUAAUAUACAAAUAAAGGGUAAAAAAUAAGAUGCAGAACUAAUAAUUUUAGAUAAUAAAAUAUUUUUGAAAAAUAAUGAUUAAAAUCAUAUUAUUUAUUAGUUAAUAGAAAGAUAAAUUAUAUAAAUGGAAAAAGUGAUAAGAAUUAACUAAUACUCUGUAAAUUUUGAUAAACAAAGAAAAGUUCUAUAAUUUAAAAAUGGCUUAAAUGAAGUUAGUUCAAUUUAACUGACAUAAAAUAGAUAAACUUUAAUGAUCAAUGGAAUUUGUUUUGGAGUAGUUUAUCAAGAUUCUAAUGGAGAAGCACAAUAUUAAGCAAAUUCAAUGUAAGUGUCUUGUAAAAUACAACAAAAUGAAUAAAUUGAACUUUAAAACUUAUAAAACUUUCUAUUGGGAACCACUUAACUAUAUAUAGAAUACUAAUUUAAUUGA